AUGAUCCGCAUUCGUAACCCCCACCAUGUACCUUUUCUCCAUCAGACGGAGCAGCUCCGAGAGGCGGGGACCCUUUGCGACACGCUUCUCACCGUGGAGGGCCGUUCAUUCAAAGCACACGCUCUCAUCCUUGCUUUGGCCAGCAAAAGACUGCAGCGUCAAUUAACAAGCCAGCACGGUUCAGCGCCGAAGUACAGCUGCGCUAUAGAAAGCGUCUCUUCUCACACCUUCAAGCAGAUCCUGGACUAUGUGUACAGUGAAUCGGUGGAGGUGCCCAAAGAUGAUCUGAUGGAGCUUUUGAAGGGAGCUCAGUACCUGGAGGUGGAAUCUUUGGUAGAGCAGUGUCAAGCACAACUUAGGAGACCAAAGUCUCCUAUCGAGAAACUCAUUUCACUCCAAGAUGACAAAAUGUAUGACCAUUUGUCGAAAAAAAGCCAGAGGUUGGAUGAAGACCACCAAGACUGUAUAUCUGUAGAAGAAGAAAGCUCCGAUAAAGAUGACCUGAAGAAAAAAAGUUGUUCUCCGGUGUCUCCACAGGUUCUCGCAUCUUCCAGAGAGACCAGCAUUUCGUCCACGACUCUGUCUCCAGCCCAACGCCUCUGCUGGCCACCGGUUAGCCCGUCUCGAAACGUGGUGUUCAACUGCAGAGAAUUCAUGACCUUUCACUCUCUCCGCGCCUCACAGCACAUGUUGACGUAUCCCUACCCGUCACCCAUGUACCCCAUUCUCCCUCGGUCGCUGCAUCCUCAGGUGCCCUCUUCAGUCAUGGGUUACACAGGGAUGUUUCACCCCUAUCACAGUCUCAUUCACUCACCUUCAAUGACUCAAGACAACCCCUUCAUGCAGGGCCUAAGAGGAAAGAGCGCCUCCGUCAAUGCGGUUUUAGCAAGAUCCAUGUCGGAGGAUCAAGAAAGGAAGCCAAAAGUACAAGAGGAGAGGGAGAUAUGUUGCAGAUACUGUGGUAAACCGGCGCUGGAAAACCCCUGGAGGUCGAUGAACGGGCCGUCAGCUUCAGCAGGUUCAGACGAGAUGACUUUCCGGUGUAAAUUUUGCGGGCGAGGUGGACGGGAUAAGAGAUCACUGCGUUCCCUCAGGAAGGGUAUUGGAGGAGAGAAGCCAUACCAGUGUAAACAGUGUACCAAAAGGUUCAGUCUGAAGCACCAGCUGGACACACAUCACAGAGUACACACAGGUGAGAAACCAUUCGAGUGUCGCCUGUGUGGCCAGCGUUCACGCGACUACUCCGCUAUGAUAAAGCACCUGCGAACACACGGCGGUGCCACUCCCUACCAGUGCACAUUAUGCCUGGAGUUUUGUAGUAGCCUGGCAGCCAUGCAGAAACAUCUGAAGAAUCACCCAUCCCAGGAUUUCCCACCAGACUGGAGUCUGAGCAGCACGUAUCUAUAUAACUGUCACACCUGACGCUCACCUUUGCUUCCUGGGGUUUAUGUGACAAUUAAUUUUCUAUGCAGCUUUGAAAUUAUGAAUAAUUUCUAUAAAUCAAUGUUAAAAUACCAAGCCAUAACAUAAAUAUUAUAUAUUUAUAUUAUAUACCUAAUAUAUACAUGUAUACAUUACAGUAGUCACCAUGGAUUACAAUGUGGUAGCUGGUAAUUUGCCAUACUUUAAAAUGUAAUUUAUUGAGCUGACAAAAUUGAUGCCAUUAAUCUGAGUAAUUUUGUAUACAGUCUUUUAAUAAAAGCAUUAUAUUGUGGUUAAAA